GCGGGGCGCGGGGGAGUGGGGUGCGGCGGCUCAGGAGCGCGGGGCGCGGGGACCUCCACGGCCGCGCCGACCGUCCUGAGAGCGCGAUGGGGCCCGGCCCGCCGGCCUCCCGGCCCCGGCUCCCGCCGCUGCCGCUGCUGCUGCUCGCGCUGGCGGCCCGCGGGGGCUGUGCUGCGCCCGCGCCCCGCGCCGAGGACCUUAGCCUGGGAGUGGAGUGGCUGAGCAGGUUCGGCUAUCUGCCCCCGGCAGACCCCACAACGGGGCAGCUGCAGACGCAGGAGGAGCUGUCCAAGGCCAUCGCCGCCAUGCAGCGGUUCGGAGGCCUGGAGGCCACCGGCAUCCUGGAUGAGGCCACCCUGGCGCUGAUGAAAACCCCUCGCUGUUCCCUCCCGGACCUCCCGGCCGUGAUCCUGUCUCGAAGGAGGCGCCAGGCUCCGGCCCCGACCAGGUGGAGCAAGAGGAACCUGUCGUGGAGAGUCCGCACGUUCCCCCGCGACUCGCCCCUGGGCCGCGACACGGUGCGCGCGCUCAUGCACUACGCCCUCAAAGUCUGGAGCGACAUCACGCCUCUGAACUUCCAUGAGGUGGCCGGCAGCGCUGCCGACAUCCAGAUCGACUUCUCCAAGGCUGACCACAAUGACCGCUAUCCCUUCGACGGCCCCGGCGGCACCGUGGCCCACGCCUUCUUCCCGGGCGACCAUCACACUGCGGGGGACACCCACUUCGACGACGACGAGGCGUGGACCUUUCGCUCCGCAGAUGCCCACGGCAUGGACCUGUUCACCGUGGCUGUCCACGAGUUUGGCCACGCCAUCGGGCUGAGCCACGUGGCAGCCACGCGCUCCAUCAUGCAGCCCUACUACCAGGGCCCGGUGGGCGACCCGCUGCGCUACGGGCUCCCCUACGAGGACAGGGUGCGCAUCUGGCAGCUGUAUGGCGUUCGGGAGUCCGUGUCCCCCACAGCACAGCCCGAUACCCCCGAGCCUGAGGAGCCUCCCGCCCUGCCGGAGCCCCCCGACAAUCGGUCCAGCACCCCGCCCAGGAAGGACGUACCUCACAGGUGCAGCACUCACUUCGACGCGGUGGCCCAGAUCCGCGGCGAGGCCUUCUUCUUCAAAGGCAAGUACUUCUGGCGACUGACCCGGGAUCGGCACCUGGUGUCGCUACAGCCGGCGCAGGUGCACCGCUUCUGGCGGGGCCUGCCGCUGCACCUGGACAGCGUGGAUGCCGUCUACGAGCGCACCAGUGACCACAAGAUUGUCUUCUUCAAAGGAGACAGAUACUGGGUGUUCAAGGACAAUACCGUAGAGGAAGGGUACCCGCGGCCCAUCUCUGACUUCGGCCUCCCGCCGGGCGGCGUCGAUGCCGCCUUCUCCUGGGCCCACAAUGACAAGACUUAUUUCUUUAAGGACCAGCUAUACUGGCGCUACGAUGAGCACACGCGGCGCGUGGACCCUGGCCACCCCGCCCGGAGCCCCCCGUGGAGGGGCAUCCCCAGCACGCUCGACGAUGCCAUGCGCUGGUCAGAUGGUGCCGCGUACUUCUUCCGCGGCCAGGAGUACUGGAAGGUGCUGGACAGCGAGCUGGAGGUGGCGCCCGGGUACCCGCAGCCCACCGCCCGGGACUGGCUGGUCUGUAGGGAGCCGCAGGCCAAUUCCGCAGGCUCGGGCGCAGGUGUAGACGGGGAGGCGGGGGCCCAUGCGCGUCCGGGCCAGCACGACCGGAGCCGCUCAGAGGACGGCUACGAGGUCUGCUCCUGCACCUCCCUGGCCUCCCCGGCCCCGGGGGCCUCGGGGCUGCUGCUGGCCACCGCGCUGCUACUGCCGCCCAGCAUCCUGUGGACCCUGGCCCAGGCCCUGGCACUCUGACAGCCGGCACAGCCCACAAGGGGACACACCCUGUGAGGGGACAGAUGGGUCGGGCUGCCCAGGGCCACAAAACCAGGGACUAGUGCCCCUGCCCUCCAGUGCCCGAGACAAGAGGUCCUGGAGAGACUGAUGCCACAUGGGGACUGACCGUUGCCAGCCCCUGAGCAAAGCCUGCUCGUCCUGGCGUCUGGGAUGGGGACAAGACCAGCAGAGGGCGCUGCUCCUCGAGCCUGCCUGCGCCGCGGCCUUGGACAGACAGGAGGCGGCGACCUGCCGCCCCUCUCCUCCGCCCGCCCUGCCCUGCCCACCGGCUGUGAGCUGGGUGGCUCCCUCCCGGCCAGGGUGGGCCGAGGAGCCGUCCUGUCGGCAAGCGAGUGACUGGACCCCGCACAGCUCUGCCGAGGGGCCUUCACCCAAGCCCCCUGCCCCUGCCUCAGGCUAACGGCCACUCUCCUGGCCUGGGCCACUGACCCCACCGCGCGACCAUGCCGCUGUCCCCAGUCCCGUGGGUGCUGGUUGCCUUGCGCAGGGCAGCCCCCAACACACAGACGAGCCCCCUGAGCUGGGCCCCGGCCUGUCCCCACUUGUGACGCGUUCAGACAAACAUGACCUAUCCCCACUUCCUGUUGGCUCAGGCUCGGCUCGGUGAUGCGCCCCAGGCGGGGCUGUGGGUGGGCGUCCUCUGGGGCUGACCCCAGACCCGCCUGCACUCCGGCGGUGGGGGCAGCCGGGAAGGCCUGCCGGUGUCACUUCCUGCCCUGCGUUUGUCGACGCCAUCCUGUCCAGCGCUCUUCGACUCCUCUGUGUCCCCAGGCAUCACACACGUUUCACAGGUGUCAGUGGAGCCUCCCGCCUGCAGGUAGGGUCAGGCCGGGUCAGGUCUCAGAACCGAGGCUCUGGCAAGUUCUCACUGACGCGUCUGCCCGCGCGUGGGUCCUGUGCGGGACAUGCAGAAGGAGAUGAGCUCCUGUUCUUGGGCGAGGCUCCCAGGACACCGUCUGCAGCCCCGAGUGCCACCCAGCAGGCUGUGCAGGGAGGCAGCCGGGCCUGCCAGUCCAGGGAGCGGCCGCUCCAUCCCUCUGCUCCUCUACUCCCUGCUGUGAGUCCAGGAGGGCAGCCGCGCCCUCCCACCAGAGAGGCAGGGAGUGGGGACCGGAACCCCUUCAGUUGGGGGACGACCUUUUUCUGGAGGCCUUGGUGCCAGCCUGGCCUGCUCUUGCUGGCAGGAGUGACUUAUCAGUGUGUCUCCUGGUGCAUGCACCGGGGUGGGACAUUCCUUGCCCCGCACUGAGCAGCCAGAGAUGCCCCCAGGAUGGGGCCACCUGGGUCGAGAACCUCUGGCCCAGUUGAGUCAGCAUGCCCUCCCUGGGGCUGGGGAGGGCCUUCUAACACCUGGAGCAGAGUGGGGUUCAGUGAGGAAGAAGAACAGUGCAGGGAGGAGCGACAGCUGUAAGUAGGGCGAACAGUGCCUGCGGGGCCACUUUAGAGCAGGGGUUCCCCAGGCGGGGGACUGGCCAGCAGCUUCGGGUGUCUGCGGAGCUGGUGGAAACAGCUUCUUGGCCCUACACUGGGCCUGCCGGUCAGAGUCAGAGUGCUGGGGUGGAGCUGACCAUCUUUGUUGACCCCCACUCAUAAAUGUGAUGCAGGGAACAGGGAACGUUUGCGAACCACUGCUUUCCAGGGGGAUCCGGAAAGGCCCUGAGCAGGAGGGUGAGGGGAAACCGAGGGAGGAGGGGUUGGUUGUGCAGCGGUCAGAGGCAGGGCAGCCCGGGGAGGGGACAGCAGGGGCAGACGCCCUGGGGUAUGAUGGGCCUGCUCCUGCAGAAGGCCCUCCGGCCAGAGAGUAGCAGGGAGGUGCCCAGGGGGCAGGGCCGGCCCGGGAGGCUUGUAGGGCUGUAAGGCAUUGGGAUUUGCUCCCUGCCUGUCAUGUUGGGAAGUUGUCAUCAAAUUUCCCCCACUGGCUCCAGGGAGGGGCAGAAAGGCUCCCACUUCUCCGAGGAGAGUACAGGCUCCUAUGCUCCAUGCUCCCACCCCUACCUGACGCCCCAGUAGCAGAGGCAGGCCCAGGACGCGGCCAGGCUCAGGGUCCAUCCAGGAUGAGCAGCCACAGCCAGAGAGGCAGGCUCCGGGCCAGGCCCUGUGCUCACUGAGCCAAGCCGGGCCACAUCCCGCAUCCAUCUGUCCUCCGUCUGGUCCCUGGAGCCGGGAGGGGCCUGCUCAUCCAGGGCACCCCUAGUGUGGUCCCGCUUCGUCCUCCCCCGGCCUGCUGGAGUCUGCCUUGUGCCCUGGCGCAGCUGGGGAAACGGCCCAGAGCGGGUUCCCAGGUCCACUGGGCACACAGCCCCUGGCUGUGGCCCAGCUUGGCAGAAGGCACGCAGGCUCUCAGGGUCGGGGGUGGUUCUGCCAUGUGUUAAAGCCAAACGGUCUUUUAUAAACCUCCCCAGCGGGUCCGUCCUUGAGGGGUCUGCAGGAGGUCCAGAGGGGGCCAGUCUGCAUGUCAGGUCACAAGCGACAACCUGGCAGGGACGGUCGCAGCCCCUAGAGGCUGCAAACUGGGGGCUGAGCGGAUGCACUGUGCUUGGUCCCGUCCUUUGUAUACGUGUGUGUCUGCAAAUUUUGAGGUAAUCACACGUUUACAGAGACGUGGCAGGUAGGGAACCUGAACGUUUUUACCUAAACCACUGGGAGUACGUUGACACCCCCCCCCACCCCCUGGCACUUUUCCAUGUUUUUCUUGGAAACCAGGACUUUCUCCCAAGGUCGCAUCAGGAAAUAACAACACAUCAGACCCACUCAGGUGUCUCCAUUUGUCCUAACGCCACCUGCUUUUGGAAGGGCCCGACCCAGGUUCACCGUGCACCCGGCUGUCCUGUGGUUUUGUGACCUCAGCCUGGAGUGGCUCCUGGGUCUCCUUGACCCCCACGGCCUUGGCACUCGUGAGGAUCGUGGGCCGGCUGUCCUGUGGUUUUGUGACCUCAGCCUGGAGUGGCUCCUGGGUCUCCUUGACCCCCAUGGCCUUGGCACUCGUGAAGAUCGUGGGCAGGCUGUCCUGUGGCCGCUGGUCCAUGUCAUUGGCCUGAAGUGUCCCCACAGUUACAUUCCAGUUCUCCGUCUUUGGCAGGAAUGUCACAGAAUGAUCCUACGCACGGUCUUUCCGUUUUAGGUGAGUCACUGUUUAAACACCUGGAGACGUCGUGUAAAAUUCUGGAUUUUCAGUCAAAGUCUCUUUUUACCUCAGACUAUGCUUAGAGAAGCUGUGGGCCCCCCCGGGGAGGCCUGCAUCCAUGAUGACAGACCCAGAGUGACCCCUCAGAAGGAGGCCAGAGGUCUCAGGCCACAGCAGUGAGGACAAGGACCCCAGGCGAGGUCAGCGGGCAGGCCCAGGUGCUGGCUGACCUCAGUGUGACUCGGCCUUGUGAGCCAACACACAAUCCCAUGUGCGUGGAUGUUGAGUUUACAAAACACCCACACGCUGACCUCAGGGGCCAGAACAUGCAAUCUAGUUCCCAGUUUACAGGUAGGGAAACUGAGGCAAUGGUCUUCUGGUCUUCACUCGAGUGGCCAUAGCAAAUACCACAGAUGGGGCUUAACCCCCAGAAACUUAUCUCUCACAGUCCUGGAGCUGGGAUGUCCGGGUCAAGGGUCGGCAGAUUGGUUCCUGAUGAGAGCCACUUCCUGGUAGGUAGACGGCCCCCUCUGGCCUGUGCUCACAUGGCUGAGCGAGUGAGCUCUGGUCUGUUCUCCCUAUAAGGACACUAAUGCCAUCGUGGGGCCCCAUCUUCAUCACCCAGGCUGUCCCUAACCACCUCCCGAGGGCCCCACCUCCUAGCACCUGCCCUGGGGUUAGGGCUUCAGCAUCCAGACUGGAAGGAACGCAGACAGUACCCGACCUGCAGGGAGAGUGGGCCACAGCACCGGGGCCACGGCACGGGUGGGACUGAGGCAGGCUCAGAUCCUGCCACACCUCACCCCCUCCCACCACCUUUCCUGGGAGCAGAUUUGGGGCUGCAGGGGCCCUGGGGACUCAUGGCUCCAAAGAAUAGUCAUGACAACACAGUUCCUGGUCCUGUUCUGCACUUGACAAAUACAAGGUCCUUUGACCCCUCCCUGCGUGCCUAAGGGGAGGGGAUGUGGUCCUCUCCACUUUCCAGAUGAGGAAACAGGCUGGGCGAGGGGUGGCGAGUUUGGGAAGGUCAGGCGUUUAGUGGGUGAGGGAGCCGGUCGUGUUCUGUGGGUCCUGCUCAGACUAGUGUGGCUCUUCCUGUGCCCUGGGCCCCGGGGGUGGCUGCACGUUGGAAUCCCAAGGAUGAGGAGCAGCCGUCCCUCCAGGGCUCUGGGGGCGGUGUCCUCCCAGCUCGCAGGGCGGCUCCAGCCGCUGUGUGCCUGCCAGCCUCCGUCCCCAGCUGGGAACUGGGCCCUGCUGGUCCUGCGGUCCCUACCCGCCCUGAGUCCACAGUGGGUGGCAGGACCCUGGUGUGUCAGGAGAAACGAGAGGAAAGAGAAGCAGACCGACCCCAGCCGCCACCCCGACCCCCGUCUGCUCUCCCUGGGCCGUUUGCCCCACUGCGACUGUGUGACGAGUCGCCCAGAGCAGGUUGUGGACAAGUUCUCUUGAGUCAGGGUUCCAGUUCUUUGGGUACUUGCGUGUUCCGGAGUGGAGCUGCUGGCCCCACUGAGGAGCCCUGGUGCACUUCCCAUCUAGUGAACGCCCUUAGAGCACAGUUCUUGUCAUGAGACAAGCGUUCCAGAAAGAACGGAGCCCCAGGGCUCUGUAAGGGGCAGCCAGGGCUGAGAGCUGUCUCUCAGGAUUGUGGUGGAAUUGAGCUCCCAGGCCAGCCUCCUCACACCGGGCAAGGGCAUGCAGGGGCCAGGGUCACACCACCCGGGAGGGCCCUGGCGAGCUGCAGGCCACAGCAGCAUGACUCUGAUGCAAUCCCGUGCCAUCUUGCUGCACAGCUGCCCCGCUCAGCCUGGACUCUGCCCUGCCCUGGGCCGCCCCCUCCGGCCUCAGGCUGCCCCCUCGUCCAGGCUCCGUUGAGAAGUGCCCAGGGCGUGUUGCUUUGUGGAGUAGCUGCCUGUCCCCGAGCCUGCCUUUCCCGGGUCUGAGAAGCCGGGCCGUUGUUUACAUCUGUUCCUGUGCUCCUCACCGGUCACUCAGCGGCUGGUCUGUGACCUGGGGCGGCAUUUCUGAGCACUGCCCCUGAGGCACCAGUGCCAUAAGACGGUUUGUGAGUGUUGUGAUCGCAUUUCCCUGAGUUUUUGUAUUUUCAUGUGAAAUCAGGAUGUGUCUUAAAAUUGAUGAUGGAGGGUCGAAGUUCAAUCUGCAGCACUUGGUUCUCAGGAAGUGCUCUGUGUGUCAGAAGUGGUAUCAGUGAUGCCUGGGCCCUGGGACCCGCACCGCCCGCCCCCAUCAGCGGCCCCAGAGCACUGCAGGCACCGCAGGCUGCCGGAUGACUGGGGUCUCCGUGGUCUCUGGGACUCAGAGCCACUGGCAGCCGGCCAUGAGCUCUCGUUCCCUUUAGACUCCGUGUCCUGGAGAGCUUUUUGGAGAGGUGACAUUUGUGCUGCGACCUGCAUGGUGGGAAGGAGCUGGCUGCGGGGAGGUCCAGGCAGAGGGAACAGCCAGUGCAAAGGCCAAAGGCUGGAGUGAAAGGCUGGUGGGUCAGGGAAACAGAAUGAGGCCAAAGGUCGGGGUAGUAGGCCCAGGUCACAGGGCUCCAGUGGGCAGAGCUGGGAUUGGAAGCCAGGGCCCAGAUGCACCCCACUGCACCUUACCACGCUGUGGCUGGGAUGGGGACAGAGAGUGGCCAGCAGAGGCAUAUCUUACAUAUGGUCCAGCACACCCUGACCGUCCCUGCGGCAGGCGCCACACUGGAACCCAAACAGCAUCCACCACACCAGGCGUCCCUGCGGGUGGAAAGGCAGCUGGGAGUCAGGGGCGGCGCUGGAGGGGGACCCAGGGUCUCUUUCUUUCUGAGCCGGGCGUCGCAGCAGGAGGAGAUGCGCACCAGCUUGCCCCUCAGCUUGCGGGAGUGAGGAGGCGCGGCUUCCCAUUCGGAUUGUGGUGCGUCCCGACCGCACUGACACUCCCUCUUGGCUUCAGUUCAUGCCUUUUUCACACCACAAUUGCAUUGUGGUGAUGCGCGCACAACGUAAGAUUCACCUUAGUGAUGUUGACUGCAUUCACGGUGUUGUGCAGCCACUGCCGCCGUUCAUUUCCAGAGCGUGUCCACCGCCCCAGAAGGAAGCCCCGGGCCCAUUAGCAUCACACCCGGGCCCUGGCAAACUCCUGUCUACUUUCUAUCUCUGCACCUCCUAAUUCUCAGCACCUCGUCUCAGAGGAAAUCGUGCAAUAGUUGUCCUUUAGUGUCUGGCUGCUUGUACAUAACCUUUUCAAGGCUCACGCACGUUGUGGCAUGAAUCAGCGCUUCGUCCCUUUUUCUGGCUGAAUGAGACUCCACUGUAUGACUGUGCCAAUCUUUGUGUGUCCAUCCAUUGGCUGAUGGGCCUCUGGGUCGUCUCCCCCUUUUGGCUGUUGUGACCAGAGCUGCCGGGAACAGCUUGUACAACUCUGUGUUGAGUCCGGGCUCCGGGUCUUUGCAUGCAUCCACAGGCGUUGGGCUCCGCUGAGGAGCUGUGGUGGGCUUGCUGUCCAGGGAACACUCCCGGAGCGCGGAGCGCGGCAGGAAAGGGCACUCUGCCCCGGGAGGGUGGGGUGCACGCGCAGGGCGUGUGUUCCCUCAGCUAGCCGGGGUCAGGCCUGGAAGGGCAAAGCCCCUCGUCCUCCCACUCGCCCUUCCGCCCACCCGCUGGGCUGUGUCUGUGGACCCAGCAGUUGAGCCAGGGGAGGGAGUGGGCUGAAUGGACUUGACCUCUAGGCUGGAGCACGGGAGUUUCAACCCCUCAGCCUGCUGGACUCGUCCACUGCUGGAAAGCAUUGAUGCUUUGAAUGCCAUCGCCCGGGGCUUGUGCGGUUCCCUGCACUCCGGUGUCCUACAGACAUGUCCCUAAACCAUCUGGGUUUGAGACCCCAGGCCUGCAGGGCUGUCUUGGUCCCGGGAGCGAAGCGGUUCCCACAAAGGCCCACCAGGUGGGUCCUGGAGGGUGAGCACCCCCCCGUGCCAGGUGAGUCCAGGGUUGCCCAGGUGUGGACUCAGCCAUACAGCUGGACUGGACCUGGCUCCUAGGGGUCAGCAGCUGAGGCUGGGGUGUGAGAUGGGGGUGAGAGCCUCCGGGAGCCCAGGGAUGAGCAGAUGCUUUCAGGGACAUUGGAUGCUCUGGAGUCCAGCAGUCGCCCCUGUGAAAGUCGUGUCUCCGAUCCAUUUGGAGCCCAUGCUGGAGUUCAUCACCCAUCCGCAGGGGGACCAGGGCAAAGUGAGAGCACCCUUCUGAGCAUUUGGAGAGCAUGACAUUUCCACGAGUGGCUGUCGGGAGCAGAUGCACGUGCUGUUUCACAUGGUCCCAGAACGUCACACCCCAACUGGAGGUGAAUCGGAGGCAGGGCGGGCCCGGAACCAUCUUCCCUGGACGUCGGGAGUCAGAGCACCGCUAGCAUGUGUCAGAAGCGCAUGGUGAGCAGCCCCAGCGAGAAGGCUGAAUCCUCCGCAGGUGCUGUGCAGCACAGUGUCGGGGUCACUGCCAAGAGACCCCCAAAUGGCCAAACAGGAGGCUUGAUUUCCGGCCUCCAAGUCCAAAGUGCACACAAAAGGGCCACAUGAGAGGCUCGUGUGCUCCUCUCUGGGCAGGACAGAAGGACAAAGGGAGGGGAGGACUGAUUCACGAAGGGAAGGAGCACCGUCCUCCCUCCCCACCCCAAGCUGGAGAUGUCGGGGGACCCAGGGUCCCCUCAGCUUUGCUCUCCUACACGUGCAGCACAGGACAGAGGUGGCUGAGGUCUCAGGAAGUGUUGGGUGCAUGCAUUCAGCAGACACUCAUCCUCAUGUUCAUUCAUGCGCUUUGGGGAGAGCCUAGUCUGCUCCAGGCACUGUUCCAGGCACAGGGGACAGUGGUGAACUCGGCCCGCAUGGGCAAGUGCUCUCACAGGCCAGUGUCGGGGAGGACAUGGGUCAAGGGGAGCCCUAGUGGGCGUGUGACUCUCUGCAGCCUCUUUGGAACAGAAGUUGGCAUGAUUUUGUAAAGGUGGACCUUUGCGCACUUUGUCCCUCUGCAGACCCACCCCUGGGUAUGCCCUCAGGGAAACGGGGGGUGGGGGGGGCGGGGGGACGGCAGGAGCCUGAGUGAGAAUGUCUGUCGCAGCCGGUUCCUAACAGCAAAACUCUGGAAACAACCCACACUCCAUCAUCAGAAGAAAGGACGGGUCAUCCCGUCUAGAUUCCCAGGCAAUAUUUGGCAGCAGCGAGAAGGAGAAGUCACUGCUGCCCAGAACAGCCCAGAAUGGGCCCCAUCAACAUGGCAUUUAAUAAGAAAAGCAGGAUGCAAAAGACGGAUGCUGUUGAUAAAGGAUGAUGCAAACAGGGAAAAUCAUGACGCACAGAGCUAUGAAAAUGAAGAGUGGUAAAGGUCUUCCUCAAGGAGGGCGCCAGGCAGAUGUUAGAAAGUUCAAAGGAAAAUAAACAGACGCCUCUAUAGAUAAGCAUAUUGAAAUGAAUGUGUCAGUGGAGGAGAAUCUGUUUUUUCCUGUGGGAUGGAGGGAAGCUAACUGACCCUCUGUGCAUGAGAAAGUUUGCGUGUCUGUCAGUGAAACAGCUCGGAGACGAUGGAGGCGGGAAGCAAAGGGCCUGAGAGCAGCGGAAGCAGCGCUGUGCGUGCCCCAGGCUGCAUCACUUCCCUUGGAAUGUUUUUCCAUCGCUUUGCUUUCAGCCUGUGUGUGUGCGUACAUCUAAGGAGAGUUUCCAGCAGGCAGCACAGAGUUGGGUCUGGGUUUUGAAUCCGUUCAGCCACUCUCUGUCCUAACUGGGGAGUUUGAUCCAUUUACUCUCAUGAACAGACGUUUACAUUUCCGUAGUUGUAAUCCAGUUGCAUAAAGCCUUUACCACAGGGACAGGCUUAUCACUGCCUCCAAGUUCCUCCUUUCUGUUAGUCUUGUCAUCUCUUCUCCUCUUUUGCCACCUUCCUGUGUUUGUUGAUUUUUUAAAUAUUGAUAUGCUUUGAUUCCUUUCUCCUUCUCGUGUAAGUGUAGAGGUAUUUUCUGUGGUUACCUUGGGACUUACAUAAAAUAUCUUAUAAAAGUCUAUUUUAAGCUGAUAACUUACGUCCAAUCCUAUAAAAACCCCUACAUGUUAGCUGCCCCCGCACAUACAUUCUAUGAUGCUGUUGUCACAAUUUAUAUCUGUUCAUGGUGUGUAUCUUUUAAAAAUAUUUUUUAGUUACAGUUAUUUUGUAAUACUUUGUCCUGUAACUUUAUACUGGAAUUAAAAGUGACUUCCCUGUGCCGUCACAGUC